UACCCAAGAAAUCCUGACUGGGCCAUCUUGGUCAGGAUGGGCCCAACCCAUUUCGGCUCUCUCCGUCUUCCACACUCGCCGAUAUUAAUAUCUUCCUCGGACGCGAGCGAGUCAAGCUGACUCACUGAGUUAUCUGAGCCUGCGACUCGGUUCCCAUGGAAACCCUAAUGAGCUCAUCCUCUGCGGCGAUCAUGUCCUCCUCGUCCUCGUCACCUUUCUCGAAUUUCUCUACCAGACGGACUCUCUCUUCGAGGCCCUUUCGGCUCCCUUUCGCCACCAAAGGUAACGAGAAUGAAUCAAAUAGUCCUCGGUCUGAUUCGAAGGACAUCAACAGUCUUCCUACUGUCAGCAAUCUCCCUCUCUCCCUUUCCCCUCUCUCAAAGGAUGUGGCAAUGGGAUUGGUGCUGAAUGCAGCGGCAGGGAGAGGGUGGACCACAGGUUCGGGUAUGGAAGGCCCUUCAGUUCCUGCCCUUGAGACGGGCUUAGGCACUGAGAAUGUGUCCACUUUCCCAUGGUCUCUGUUCACUAAAUCACCUCGCCGAAGAAUGCUUGUGGCUUUUAGUUGUAACAUUUGUGGACAGAGGACAACACGAGCUAUUAACCCACACGCUUAUACUGAUGGCACUGUCUUUGUGCAGUGUUGCGGAUGCUACGCAUUUCAUAAGCUUGUGGAUAAUUUGAACCUGUUUCAAGACAUGAAGUGCUAUGUGAACCCGAAUUUUGAUUACAAAGGUCACAGCUGGGAUGAUGUUAACUUCAAAUAUCUGGACGCUGAAGAUGGCAAUAAUGACAUAUUUCCUAUCCAGUGAGGUGGGCGGUCCACUUUUCAAGUAUGUAUAUUCUGUCCUGGUAUAGUGGGAUCUUAGUUUAGUUUCCAUGUAUAUUGUGAAGGUUUUUCUAUAGGGACUUAUUUUUUCAAUUCAGUCUCAGAUGGCUAGGGUUGUAUUCAGGUUGAUAAGAUAUGCAUUUCAUUGAGGAUUGUGCAUGUUCA